GGCCGCAUGUGGUUUUGUUGAUUUCGUGAGUUUACCACGUUAUUUCUUAACAAAAACUGAGUUACAGAAUUAUAAAUCUGUGAUAAUAAAGCAGGGCGUCAUGACGUCCGUAGAAGUGGAGAACAUCAUUGAUAAGUUUCAAGUUUUGACACAGAAACCUGUAAAGUUUUUAUCCGUUCAGGAAGAUGUGAAGGACGAUAUUAAAAACUUGGUGAAAUCGCUUUACGAUUAUACCAAAUCGCAGGAAAGUGGUGCGAAAAAAGAGAAGAAGAGUGCUUUGCCAGAAUUGAUAAUAGAAGAUUUUGAUGAAGAACAAAUAUGGCAACAAAUUGAGUUGCAAAAUUCGGAGUGUUGGGAUCACUUAGUAUGGGAAGUGGCAAACUGCAUGUCUGCUAAAGACACUCUUAAAUUCUCUGUUGAGGUGUCUCAAAAGCAGACAGAAGAAUCUGAUGUCGAAGAUGAGGAAAUGGAUGACGAAGAAAUGUCGGAAGCUUCCAACAAUGAAGAGGAGAUGCCUAAAAAGAAAAAAGAUAAAAAGGUUAAGGCGAAACCUUCUAUUGUUGACGAUAAGUUCUUUAAACUGCAAGAAAUGGAAAAAUUCCUGCUGAACGAAGAGAAAAACGAAGGAAAACAUGAUUCUGAUGAAGAAUCUGUAGAUUUAUUUGAAGAAGUGGACAGCGAAGAAGAUGAAGAGGGUGGUGGCAAAGAAAUGAUGUAUGAUGACUUCUUCAACCAGGAAGAUGAUGGAAUUUACGAACAGCAGAAUGAUGAAAAUUAUGACCAGGAGAAUGAUGAGAAAUCAGAUGAAAGUCCGGAUGAAGAUCAACAAGAAAUAGUAGAACAACCUAAAAAGAAAGGUAAAAAAGUUACAUUUGCAGAUCAAUCAUCAGAUGAAACAUCUGAUGACAAAGAUAGUGAAGAAGAAACAAACAACAUUGUGAAUAAAAAACAGACUAAACAAGAAAAGAAAUCUGAAUUUGAGAUGCGUCAAGAAAGGUUACAGCAAACAAUAAAUAGACUUGAACAGAAAACUUUGAAUGAAGCUCCGUGGCAGUUGAAGGGUGAAGUGGAUGCCACAAAGCGUCCUCAAAACUCUUUGCUUCAAGAAGUUGUUGAUUUUGACUUGACAAGUCGUCCAGCCCCUAUUAUUACUGAGCAAACCACAAUUACUUUGGAAGAUAUAAUCAGACAGAGAAUCAAAGAUAAGGCUUGGGAUGAUGUCAUUAGGAAGGAGAAGCCUGUGGAUGAUCAAUUGAGCUUCCGUAAGCAGGAAAUACUAGACCAGUCUAAGAGCAAGCAAAGUUUAGCUGAAGUGUAUGAGGCAGAGUACCUUAAGCAGAAGCAAGCACUCUCUGGUGAAGUUGAGGAAGAGAAAGAACCGGAAAGUCACACUCAAAUCCGUGAGGCCAUGGCGAAGUUGUUCUCAAAACUGGAUGCAUUAUCUCACUAUCAUUACACUCCAAAACCACCUCAAGCUGAGGUGAAAAUCGUUAGUAAUACUCCAGCUAUAUCUAUGGAGGAAGUUGCACCGGUUGCUACAAGUGAAGCCGCAUUAUUGGCCCCAGAAGAAGUUAAGAAGAAAUGCAGAGGAGACCUUAUGAGUAAAGAAGAAAGGACACAGACAGACAAGAAUAGGGAAAGAAGGAAAAAGAAGCAACAGCAACGUAAGAAAGGACAAGUGUCCAAGGUAACUGAACACAGAAACACGUCAAAAGCUGUAGAAGCCAAUGAUAAGUCAUUGAAGACAUCCAAAGCAUUCUUCCAGCAACUCAAUGAUGAUUCAACUAGUUUAAUAAAGAAAAAAAAUAAACCUAAUAUUAAGAAUAAAGGACAAUAAGUAAAUACAUUAUGAACUGGAUAUUUUGUUGUGAUUUUCAUAGCAAUUAUAAUGACGGACUUUCCAAUGGACAUUCCCCAAACACACAGAUAGAUGGUGUUAUUCAUUUUUAACGUGUUAAUUACCUAUUUUCUCUUUGCUGGGAUACAUAAUUAUUCAAAAAUGUAAUGUAAUGGCUGAAGCAUAUAUAAAACUAAUUGUUGCUUGAUAUUUGAUUUCAUUAUGUAUAGAAUGAUGUUGCUACCUAUAUUGCUUCUCUUGAUUUUGAUUAGAAUAAUGUGUGGAAUUUGUAAUUGUACCUUGGUGUAAUAAAAAGGGUCAUCAUUUAUACCCAAAAACGAUGAUAAAAGAUGCAUAUGUCUGUUAUCCAUGAAAUUAGAAGUUUCAACGAAGAAAAAUCAACAAUGCCACCUAUCGUAUUUAUGGGGAAUGCCGAUUGGAAAGACCCUCAUUGCAUAGCAGAUUAUUAGGCAUAAUUUUGUUUGAUUAUUAUUUACUUUGUUGUUUUUAGAUUAAUUAAAUCUGAAGGAUACUUAAUUUAUCAUCUCCUGA